CAACCCUUCCACCCGGGCCAAGUCCGAAGCCCUGGCGACCCCCCUGAGUCGGGGUCCGCCGGGUCAACUCACCGGCCCGAGCCCACCCGCCGUCGCCAUGGCAUGCAGUUUGCAGAAGCUGUUUGCUGUGGAAGAGGAGUUUGAAGAUGAGGAUUUCUUAUCUGCUGUGGAAGAUGCAGAGAACAAGUUUGUUGGCUCACUGCCUGUGAAUGCUGGGUGCCUGAGACCUGUCUCUUCCAGGCCACAGGAAACUGAGCAGGCACAGUCCCCCAGGUCCCCACCAUUACACCCCACUGCUCCUUCAGAGGCUUUGGGCCAGCCAGCCCUGGGACUCUGCCUCCCUGCGUCCAGCAUGCCCAGGGCCACCAGCCAUCCACCUUGCACAGGAACAGCUUCCCUAAGACCUGUGUCCACUUCCAGCAGCUUGACUGGCAUUCAGAGAGGAGCGACACUGACAGAAGCACUCAGAAAGCCAGCAAGACCCCAGUCCUCAGCCCCGCAACCCCUACUUACUUUUGAGAGCCAACAACAGUGGGUCGGUGGCUUUGAGGGGCCUGAACAAGACGAGUUUGAUAAGGUCCUAGCAAGCAUGGAGCUGGAGGGGCCAGACAUGGAGCUGGAACUUGGAGUUAGCAGUGAGGCCAUACGAAUCCUGCCUGCCCAGCAGCGGGAGGAUCCAGUAUUGGCUAAAAAGGCCCAGGUAGUUGAUCUGAGUGGAUCUUGCUGGAAGGUGCCCAUGCCUGCCACCCACGUAGCAGGUGUUAUGUCAGCCCAGGAUAAGCCUCUGGAUCCUGCUGUCCACUGUAGGACUCCACAGCUCUGCUUGAGACCUGGUGCCGUGGGUAACCCUCCUGUCCCGACUGCCUCGACCAUUCCCACUCAGCAACCCCACUGGGAAAGGUGUCCACAAGGUGCCCCCGUACGAGCACCACAGCCUCUCCAAGUUGCUGGAGGACCUGUUCGGAGCAGCCCUCAAAAUCAAUUACCCAGUCGGCGAUUUCAUUCUCCAAGUGCCUGGUUGAGUGGCAAACCUCAUCUUCCCAGACCUCGGACUCCCAGCUCAGGCUGUUCUACUCCCCCAAGGACCAGCUCCGGAUUGCUCCCUCAGGGGCACUUACAACCCCGAACUCCAGUGUUAUCUGUUGAGUCUCCUAUCAGCACCCCAAAAGGUCCCCAGGGAGCUCUGCAGACGCCCAUAGUCACCAACCACCUAGUGCAGCUGGUCACUGCUGCCAACCGGACACCCCAGCAGCCCACCCGGCCCUCCACCCGAGCCAAAACCCGCCGCUUCCCUGGCCCAGCGGGGCUCCUGCCUCACCAGCACAGUGGGAAAAAUCUGGAGGAGAUCAUGGUUUCCACACCCCAGACUCCGACUCAUGGUGCUCUGGCUAAAUUCCGGACAGAGAUUGUUGGUAGUUCCCAGGCAUCGGUGGAGGAGGAUUUUGGGCGAGGGCCAUGGCUGGCCAUGAAAUCUGCUCUGGGCCUGGAUGAGCGAGACCCCACCUGUUUCCUCUGUACCUAUAGCAUUGUCAUGGUGCUUCGGAAGGCAGCCCUGAAGCAGCUUCCUAGAAACAAGGUCCCCAACAUGGCAGUGAUGAUCAAGUCCUUGACUCGGAGCACAAUGGACGCCAGCGUGGUUUUCAAGGACCCUACGGGAGAGAUGCAGGGGACGCUGCAUAGGUUGCUGCUGGAAACACGCCAGAAUGAGCUGAAGCCUGGCUCGGUGCUGCUGCUGAAGCAGAUUGGAGUGUUUUCUCCUUCGCUUCGAAAUCACUACCUCAAUGUGACACCCAACAACCUGGUCCACAUUUACAGCCCAGAUUCCGGGGAUGGGAACUUCAAGCCGUCUCAACCCUUCCCCAAGGAUUCAGGAAGCUUCCAUGGCAGCCUCCAGCAUGAUGUGGCUGCAAAGCCUGGGGAAGGCCACAGAACGGCACAGAAGCCAGAGGCAGGGGAAGAACUCCCAGAAGCAGAUGACCUGGACGGACUCCUGAGUGAGCUCCCUGAGGACUUCUUCUGUGGGACCAGCAGUUGGGACUGCCCCAAGGCAGGGCACCCACCAUGAGCAGGCAGCCUCUGAGCGUGCCUGGUCACGUCCAGGGGAGAGAAGAAGGCCAGCAUGAGGCAGAGCUUGGGGCUUCUGUGCUUGCUCCCUCCCCGGACGCUUUCCCUGAGAACUCCCUGAUCUCCUGUGUUCUGCGCUGCCCUCGCUUUGGGCCUUCCUUUGCCGUUGGCAGACCAGGACUCGGGCCCAGCCUGGCCCCCAGACUUCCUGUCCUCCAAGCCCUCUGGUGCAUUGUUCCUUCUCCUCCUGCCAACAGGAAAGGUGUGUCACCUUCAGUGUCACUCUCCUGCCUCAGUUUAACUUUAGAGGAUAUUGGGCCUGGUUUCCUCGUCCCUUUACUCCCUAGUUUCCAGACAGCAGAGGAGCCACACCACAGCAAUGGCGACCUGCCCUCUGGUCGGGGAAGGAACACUCAGACUUCCCUCUGCUUUGUUUCUUGAGGCCUGUAGCUGCCCAGCUGACCUGUGCCCAAGGUUCCCAGGUGGGGGGACAGGGGUUGGGGCUGUUGGACCUUGUUCUGACAUAAAGCAGCCCCUGCUUCACCUGUCUCUCCCUCCUUCCCACCCCUUGCUGCUCCUUGUCCUGUCUGCUCUGCCGCUGGUGCCUGGCCGAGCAGGGCUCAGGCAGAUGUGCUCUUUUUUCUUUUCUUUUUUUUCUUUUCAUUUCU